GCCGCGGCCGGCGGGGGGCGCUGCGGCGGCGGCGGGCUUGGCGGGGCGGCCAUGGCGGCGGCGCGGCGGGUGCAGCUCCGGGGGCUGCUGCUGCUGCUGCUGCUGCUCCUGCUCGGUGCGGCGGGGCCCGGAGCUCGGGCCGCACGGGGCCGCGGUGCCGACCGCCAGAACAGCCUCCGCCGCGCCGCCAGCGGCCUCUACCAGGGCGUCAGCGGCCUCUUCGGCGAGGACAACGUGCGGGCCCUGCAGAAGUUUUUCUCAAGGUUGACAGAGAGGUUUGUGAAUGGGGUGGAUGUAUUAAUGGACACAUUCUGGAGAAUAUGGACUGAUUUGUUAGAUGUUCUUGGAAUUGAUGCCUCCAACCUGACUCAUUAUUUCAGCCCAGCAGCGAUUGCCAACAACCCGACCCGCGCCCUCCUGCUGAUCGGUGCCAUUUUACUGGCCUAUUGGUUUUUAUCUCUCUUCCUUGGAUUCUUCUUCUAUCUCCUGCACAUGCUGUUUGGCCGCUUCUUCUGGAUCGCCAGGGUGGCCCUGUUCACCCUGUCCUGCGUGUACAUCCUGCAGAAGUACGAGGGUGACCCGGAGCACGCCGUGCUGCCGCUCUGCUUCGUCGUGGCCGUCUACUUCAUGACGGGCCCCGUGGGAUUUUACUGGAGAAGAAACAGCAACAGCAGCCUGGAGGAGAAGAUGGACCACCUGGAUAGUCAGAUCAGACUGCUGAACAUCCGCCUUUCCAGGGUGAUCGAGAACCUGGACAGGGGCAGUGAGCAAUGAGCCGGCCCCUCCUGACCACUGUACACCAGCUCCGGAAAAUUCCUAAGCACUGUCUCAUCCGAAGUUACAAAGCAACAAAACAUCACAUGGUAAAAAGUGUGCAAAGUUAUAACUUUUCAUCAUGUCUAAGACUAAUUUAUCUAGGUUAAACACUCAGCUGUUAGACUUCUAGGAGAAAGAAAAAAAACAUUUACAAAAUUCAGCUGUAUAUUCAGAGUUUUAUCCAGUUACUAGAAUUUUCUCAGUAGAUAAACGCUUACUUUUACAAGCAUUUAAAAACAUCUUUUGUAAAGUUUUUAUAAAAGCAAAUUGAGUAGUCUUUCAGAUAUUGAAAUUGAGUUAAACAUAUGCAAAUUUGACACUUUAACGGUUAAAAAGAAAAAAAAAAAAUCUCAAGCUACCAAGCACUUCCAUUGAGAAGUAACUGCUGUGGGUCCAUAUUUUUUCUUCAGGGUUGUGAAUGUUUUUUGUGUUUUUGUUGGCUUAUUUCGUUGCCUUGAAGUUGCCUUUCAUAGAGUAUCAGAUGAGGAAUUUUCUGGUAUCCAGGCCAAAAAAUUCAUACCAUAGCUUUUAACAGGAGGUGGGAAUGAGGGAGAAGGAAGAUCUGAAGUCCUGAAAUGCCAGUCCAGUGUGAGGAAGCGCACGUGUGGAGUUUUAUCAUUGCAUUUCAUCCCGAGAACUUUAAUUUGUUAGUGUCUGGAAGGAAAUCUGGUUUAAUAAAUUGGCACAGGAGGAAGAUGUAGCGUGACAAAUUGUAAUUCAUAUUAGACCUGCAUAGUGGAGCAUUUUCCAAGCUUAAUUGCGUAGACUAAAACAUGAUUUUUAAUCUCAGGACCCACGUACUUUCUCAGAAAAGGCAGCAGUUAAAACACGUGCAAAUGUAUUGUUGCUUAAAGCUUUCUCAGGACCAAUAAGCGGCAAUAAAUUAUCUUCAGGAAGAUCUGGAUUUUUUUCUAAAAUUAUAAUAGUUUUAUAGGAGCUUUUUGCUUGGAGUCUGUGUCCUCAUUAGGCUUUGGGAAAAGCGAGUCACCUUUCAGAGGAGGGUGUAGGAAACGGUUCUCUUUCAAAGCAGUGGAGCUUUGGAGCAAUUUUAUUUUGCAGGAUUUCUGUAUUUCUUAGAGCUAACGAGCUUGGUAGGGUAUCACUGGCUGUGCUGGCUUACUGAAACGCAGUGAAACAAAGGUAACCUCAGGGAAGGAAGUCUGGAAUGUGGUUUCACUUGGAAACAGCAGCAUCCAAGGACACAGAUGUGUGUGGAGGGAGGGGAGGCAUCUACCCCCUAGUGAUGAGCACAGUUCUGAUACCCCCAGGGGUAGGAUGGAGCACAGCUGAAGCACUCCAUAGGGUCCAAACCAACAACUACAUCAAAAAAGCGCAACAAAAAUUGGUCUGUGAUGGGGCCUGGCUACAAAGCAAAGGAAUGAGGAGGAGGAGGAGGUUCCCCAGGUGUGCCUGCCAGUGCCAGCUCCGGUGGGACAGGCUGGGGCAGCUGAGCACAGCUUGCUCUUCCACUGGGCGAAGCUUUUGUUGGAUGUGAUGCUUAACUGAAUGUAACUGUGGGGCGAAUUUAUUUUUCUCUUUUCUGCUGAAGUUUAAUGUUCUUCUUGAAAUGUGUGUGUUACUUGCCUAACCUCUUUGGGUCUGUGUGUGACAUUUCCAUGGAGGUUGUUUUUAAAUCCAUGUUAAUGGCCUUUACUCCUGGUGAUCACUUUGGUUCAACACGGUUGAAGUUCAUAUGCACUUGGCACAGUUGGAAUGCAUUUUAGUUUUUUAUGUCACCUGUAAAUCCCCCUGCACCCCAUUUAUUAACAAGUACAUGGUUUAGAGUUGUUAAAUAACUGGUUAUCACAACUUGAAAUCUUUCCGGUGAACAGAUAGGGACUAUGGCAACAAACAGUCGACUUUGUCAAGCUGAAAAUGUAAAUUACAGUAAAUUCCUUUUUCCAGCUCAUUUUCCACAGUAUUACAGAGUCUUCCCUGUAAACUCAGUCUCCCUGCUGUUGUGCAGAGAGGACUGGGCUAAAACACCAACCUGGAAAUUAGGAAUUGACUAGUAAAGCUUGUCAGGUCUUGAUGUGUUUUGUCAAAUUUGAGACCUGAGGACCAAAGUUUGCAAACCUUGCUCGUGUGAGCGGCUCCAUCGCCUUCUUAGGACAAUGUGCAUGGGUCAGUUUGCAUAGAUUGUAUUUUGUGUAAUCCAUAUUUAACACUGAAGUUAAAAAUACUGAGUCAUUUAUAUAUUAAGAGUUGUCUAUGAUAAAGAUUUCUUUAAAAGUAUUACAUAAAAGUUAAUUUGGAUUAUAGUUUCUCCCUGUCUCGCUCUAAUCAUUUAACUUAGUUUUGUAAAAUCAGCCCUCCUUAUAUUAUUACUCUUAAUUUCAAUCACCCUGCUGCUUGAAGAAUGGUAUUUUUAUAUUUACUUGCAUCCCAUGUAUAGCAAAAUGUUAUGUGAAAAGCAGUAUAUAUAAAAUUGGGUAUUUUUAAUCAGUAUUUUUCCCAGCACUCAGUUUUCACGUUAGUCAAAUUCAGAAGUAACGAUUUUUUUAAAGCACAAUCUAAUCUUCAAUAUAUAUAUAUAUAUAAAUAUAUAUAUAUAAAUAUAUACUUUAAAAAUGCUGUGUAUUUUUAAACAUGCACUGUAGUGAAAGCGCUUUUGGGGACAUGAAUGUGGUAUUGUAUUUAAUCUCUUUCAACUUUUGUAAAUACCUUUUACAAGUGUUUUCCAUACUGGGCCAUCUAGUUUAUCCAUGGAGGUUUUUGCUGUUUUUUAGAAACCCGUGCCAGUGGCUGCGCUGCUUUUGUAUCCCCCAGGGACGGGCAGGGCUCUGUGGCACCCCGGGGACAAAGGGGUGACACCUGGGGGUGGCACAGGACCACCCUCAGCAGGUGACACCGCCAUGGGACAGCCCUCAUCGCUCCUGCUUCUUGCUGUGACUUCACGGAGCAGGGGAGCAGCUCUGCCACCACUGGGACAGGUGACACUGGGACAGGUGACACGGGGACAGGUGACACAGGGACAGGUGACACAGGGACAGGUGACACAGAGACAGGUGACACAGGGACAGCUCCCUGGCUGCUCCCACAGGAUGGAUCCCACUCCAGACCUUCCUACAGCCACUGGAGAAACCAUCUCUGCGUGAGCAGCUGGCACAAGCCCCGAGGAUGGGCUUUGGCUGCCCGGGAUUGGGAACUCCCUGCUCUUGCCAAGCUUUUCACCUGCCUGCUUUGGGAGCCAGCCUCUGGAACAGUUUGUCCCGUUGUGGCAGAGCGGCUCCUCCGGACGCACACGCCUGUAGAUAACCGAUGUGUCCUGUGGAAUGUGGCGCUUUCCCAGUGGUUUUGGGUGUGUACAAACCUGGUGUAGCUCAGUGCUGUACUUUUGGCGCGUCCUUCACUUCGUGAUUUGCUUCUCAAGACUCGUUGCAUCGUCGGUGUGGAAAAUAGACCAGUAUCAACCUUAGCUCUUCGGUGGUGUGGAAGUGUUUAAGUGUGGUUUGCCUCACAUACUGAUCUGUAUUUGGCAGCUAAUGGCGUUAAGUGACCAUGAGUUCUCUUUGUCUGGGUUGGAAAAUAAAAGGUUUUAUUGUAUCCGCAUGUAUUUUAAACUUUUUGGAUAAUUCCAUCGACCUGUGAUGACAGCACAUGUAAAAAACGACCUUUUCCUUUUAUUCAGAAGUUAUAUUUGCUGUGGUAGCACUUGUUGUUGGCACUGAUGGUAGUGAUUUCACAUCCUGUUUUGUACAUCAGGUUUCAUGAUUACGGUGUUUAAGUUUGUACAAUUGUUUAUGUAAAAAUGAUUUGGUCUGAAGAGAUGCUGUGUAUUCACUUCUGAUCCUAGACGAGAUCCUACUGGUAAUACUGUUAAGUAGUUACAACUGUACCAGACUUAUUUUUUACAGAGCUUUACAUGCCUUUAUUUAUUCUUUUAUCGGACCAUCCAAACCAUGUACUCCGUAGUUCAGUAUUUGUAGACCAGUUUCACAAAUCAACUUAAGGUAUUGUGGCAAAGCUUCGAAUAAAUGUUUACUGAGACUUUGCA